AUGGCUGCCACGGCCGGCCUCGACCUCGACCUCGACCUCGAUCUCGACCUCAUCCCACAUCCCACCCACCCUGUGCCAGUAGUCAGGAACGCAAUCCUUUCAGCGCCGCCUUGGCCGCCUGCGCCCGCCACGAAUCGCGUCUCGCUCUUCGCCUUUUCACGCGCUGACAGCGUCCUCCGCUCCCGACCUCAAGCACAUUGGCAAGUCCCUGAACUCUAUUUCCCACCUGUCAUGGGCAUCUUGAUGGACCUUGCUGUCCGUUUAGUGCCCCAAUAG